CUGAGAUCUUGGAGGAGCCUUCGUCAUGCCACGCUUUCUAAUUCCUACCUCGUUCUCACCUGCGCCGAGUGACGGCCUCGCAUUCCAUCUACGCAAUCCAACGGGUCAUGAACUCUCCGUCCAACCCAUCUCUGACACCGUCGUGCGUGUGGUGCACCAGCUCCCCACCGACAAGUAUCCCCAAAAGAUCAACGGUGCGAUUCAAUGGGAAGUUGCCGCUCCUGCGAGCGUCGAGAUCGGGAACACCUCCGCAACCGUCAAGACGAAGGCAUUGAGCGUCAAAGUUGACUUCUCCGAAGGGCCGCGUCUGGAGUGGUUCACCAAGGAUGGCACCCCGUUCCACGCGGACAGUAAGACGCGCGCAUACACCUACGAUGCGAUGUCGGGUGCUGUUUUACAUUACGUCGAGAAAGAAUCACCCAUCCCUGUUACCGAGGACCAGUACACCUGCGAUGGUCCCUUCGUGCACCCCGACGUCAACGAAUACGUCUACGGUCUGGGGGAAUCGCGCGGACCGAUGAACAAGGUCGGCAAGAAGUUCGUCAUGGAGGGCCGUGACUCGCUCUCGUACGACUGGGAACACACCGACACACUGUACAAGACAAAUCCCUUCUACUCCGUGUACAACAAAAAAACCAAGUUGUGGUAUGGCGUGUUCUACAACAACAUCAGCGACACAAUGUUCGAUAUGGGCGCUGAGCACGAUGUUCUCUGGGGAUUCUUUAGAUGGUACAAAGCGAACACAGGUCCCCUCGAUUACUACAUCAUCCUUGGUGACGGGACCCUCCCCUCCGUCUUGACUGAAUACGCACGCCUUGUCUCGCCUUCGACUCCAGACAAAUUCGCUGCGUCUUUAACCCUCCCUCCGCUGUCGCAGCUCGGAUAUCUGUCGUCCAGCCUUGCCCUUGCCGCCGAACCCCACGCACAGGAGGCGGUGAUUCAGUUCCUGAGGGACUGCCGUACGAACGGGUUCCCUGUGGACGGCCUGUAUCUCUCAUCAGGCUGGUGUCAAGAUGAGGAAACAGGAAACCGCAAUUACUUCGUUUGGAACUACAGUCGUUACCCCACUCCAGAUGAGAUGGGACGGAUAGUGGAGAAAGAGCUCGGAAUCCAGCUCAUUGCCAACACGAAGCCUUGGUUGCUGAAGGUACAUCCACGAUACGAGGAAGCGCUUACGAAGGGAGCCUUCAUCCGACCCGCCCCCGAUGCUCCAGCCGGCGCCAAAGCCGCUAUGUCGUAUUGCUGGUCCGCAGGCUGGAACGCACACGCCCCUGCGUCGUAUUUCGACUACUCAUCACGCGCUGGAUCGGAAUGGUGGGGUACGGCUGUCAAGGAAGAACUCGUCGCGAACGAUGUCACUGGAAUCUGGAUCGAUAACAACGAGAUGUCGGGGCUGACGGACGACGACGAGCGGUACUCUGGCGAGCUCCCCAUGUCUUCGAUCAAGACAAUUGAGCAGCGGAUGGGUUGGAAUGGGGGUGAGACGCGUGUCGGGAGUGCGGGCAAGAUGAUGAAUAUUAUGGGUAUGGCUCGGACGACCUACGAUGCGGUGAUUGCUGCUCGGCCUGAACAUCGCCCAGUGAUUGUUUCGCGCUCUGGCUUGCCUGGCAUCCAAACAUAUGCGCAUGCGACUUGGAGUGGCGAUAACUCAACGACAUGGAAAGCGCUCGAGUUUGGCACGAAGAUGACAUUGAGUGUUGGAAUGAGCUUUGGACCUGGGUUGUUUGGUCAUGAUAUCGGCGGCUUCGCUGGAUCGCACCAUCCUGGCCCAGAGUUGCUCGUUCGUUGGUGUCAAAAUGGUGCAUGGCACACUCGGUUCACAGUGCACUCUGCGAAAGAUGUUUCGACCGCAAUGUGGAUGUACGACGAUGUGCCUGGAAUCAGCGACCACAUCCGUGCAGCCCUCGCAUUCCGGUACCGCCUGACGCCGACGUUCUACUCAUACUACGUGUCUCACUAUCAGCGCCACGGCUGGCCCGUUCUGAAACCUCUCUUGUGGCAUCAUUCGGUUGAUCCGAAGACACUAGAGAUGGACGACGACUUCUUGUUUGGAUCGCAUAUCCUGGUUGCGUCCGUCACCCGUCAAGGCGCGACGACGCGCAAGGUCUAUCUGCCAUCUGAGAGCAACGAUGGUGAGAAGGGACUAGAUUGGUGCGAGCUGGACACGGGGGUCUGGCAUCAGGGCAAGGCAGACUUUGUCGAGCUCGACGCCCCGCUGAGUCGCACGCCUGUUCUGGUCCGAUCUGGUGGAAUCCUCGUCCUCGGUGGAGAAUGCAAACGCAACGUUUAUGACGGCGUUAACGAGCGGACGGCUCUCGUGUUCCCGGCUCCCGGCAAAGCAUCUGCCGGCAGCUUCACGCUGAUUGAAGAUGAUGGUGUUUCAAACGAGCAUCUGGACAAGGGCAUCUACACGGAGAUCCUAUUGACUUAUUCGGCGACGGCGACCGAAGUCGUGGUCGACUACGAGGUCGUUCAUGGCCAGUUCAAGCUGCCGUAUGAAGCUGUUUGGAUCCAACUGCCUAUCGGUGACCAGCGCAAGAUCGUCGUGAAGGCAGGCAAAAAAGAGGCCAAGGGCCCUGGUGGCCAGGUUGGUAUCUCUAUCAAUUUCUGAGAAGAGCUAGGUAGUCGAAUAUAUACCUUUGUAUUACUUACUAUGAUUGCGCAAGAGCAGUCUAUUGACGGUCCAGCAUCAGAUGAGAUGUUCUCGGAUCUCGGUCCGAACCUGGAUGAGAUGGAUUUCCGACUUUGCUACGUAGCUUUUUUUAUCUUCUGGAAGAUGGACCUGCGAAGAGAGAG